CGUGUCAAUUGUAUUAUGGUUGUAAUAGAAGAAUUAUAGUAAUUAUUUUCCACAUGAAAAAGUAAGCAAAAUUUCUCUAUUACAAACUGAGACAGAGAGGGUGUCUUUUUGUUUGUUUAAUCUCAAUAACAAAACAGGUUAGAAUAUAAAGAGGGCAGAAGAUUCUUGUACAAUUUUUCUUUUUUUUUUUCCUCUGCCAUAUUUCUAACUGUGAAUAGUUAUUGAGAUUGAAUAUUUUCAGGCUUCUGUGAAUAUUAUAAAAUUUUUCGAAAAAUAUACUAUAAGAAUAAUGGCAUUCACUGGGACAUUGGAUAAAUGUACAGCCUGUGAUAAGACUGUUUAUUUUAUUGAUUUGUUGUCUGCUGAUGGUGUCACUUAUCAUAGAACCUGCUUCAAAUGUAGCCAUUGCAAAGGCACCCUUGUGAUGAGCAACUAUUCUUCCAUGGAUGGAGUUCUGUACUGCAAGACUCAUUUCGAGCAGCUUUUUAAGCAAUCUGGAAAUUUUAGCAAGAAUUUUCAGAAUUCUAAGACGACUGAGAGACAAAAUUCACUGACAAGGGCUCCAAGCAAACUAUCUGCUAUGUUCUCUGGAACCCAAGAUAAAUGUGCUGCUUGUGACAAAACUGUUUACCCACUUGAAAAGGUGACAAUGGAAGGAGAAUCAUUCCACAAGUCAUGUUUCAAGUGUGCACAUGGAGGGUGUCCACUUACCCAUGCAACCUAUGCAUCCCUUGAUGGAAAUCUAUAUUGCAAGCACCAUUUUGCUCAACUCUUCAUGGAGAAGGGCAAUUAUCAACAUGUCCUCAAAGCUGCUAAUAACAAAAAGAAUAGUGCUGCUGUGACACCACUAAAUGAUGAUGACACUACUGAGGAUACAAAUAAUGCUGCUGUUGCUGUUGAUAAUACAUCAGCAGAACAAGAGAACAAGAAGGAGUCUGAAAAUGCUGAGGAAUCACAAGAACUAUCAUGAUAUAUAAAACAAAUUAAAGUGCCCUCUCUCUUCCCUAAUUAUUACAUUUAAUUUAAAUUUUUAUCCCUUAAUUUGAUCAAUUGAUCUUUCUUUCUAUUUUGAUUCCUAAAAAAUGUUCGUAUUUCUCAUAUGUUAAAAUUUUUCCCAGUGGUUUAUAUAUCCAAGGCAACCCUCACAUGUAAUUAGAUUUUCUUGUCUGGAUUUAUUAUUCCUUUGUUAAUAUACAUCCAUUUUGUGCAA